AAUCUCAAUCGCUUUUACUCUACUGAGUUGCGGCCGCAGUUAUCACUUGACCUAAUCAAAAUUAUGGAGCAUCGGCUGUCUUCUAUUGAAAACAGGACGUCAUAUCUUCAGCGAGUCAUAGACCAGCCGGAAUUGUCUCCUCCUGAAUAUUCGACAGCCAAUAAAGAGCUUAGGAAACUCAGGGAUGUAAUGCAGCUUAUAACUGAACUCAGGGCUGUACAGAAGGAAAAACGGGAACUGGAACUAGUAAUUUCUGAGUGUUGCGAUGACAAAGAGAUGCAGAAAAUGGCUUCUGAAGAAUUGAGUCAGGCCACUGAAGGUGAGAAAAGGCUGCAACAUCUUCUACUGAAAUCACUACUACCAAAAGAUGAUGCCGAUGAGAGAAACUGCAUUCUAGAAGUGAGAGCAGGAACUGGAGGCGAAGAAGCUUCUUUGUUUGCGAUGGACAUAUUCAAAAUGUAUGAAAGGUAUUCAAUGGUGAAAGGUUGGAAGUUUGAGAUUCUAGGUGUGGCUGAAUCUGAUCUCAAAGGAUACAAGGAAGCCAGUGCAGCUGUAUCUGGACCUAGUGUGUAUGGAAAACUAAAAUUUGAGAGUGGUGUUCAUAGAGUUCAGAGAGUUCCUACUACAGAGAAAUCUGGCCGUGUCCACACUAGUGCUGUGUCUGUUGCAAUACUCCCUCAGGCGGAUCAGGUUGAUGUUCAGUUGAGAAAUGAAGAUCUGAAGAUCGACACAUACAGAGCUGGUGGUGCAGGAGGUCAGCAUGUAAACACCACUAACAGUGCUGUUAGAGUGACUCACAUUCCUUCAGGGUUAACUGUUGCCAUACAGGACGAGCGCUCCCAACAUAUGAAUAAAACCAAAGCUCUUAAAGUGCUAUGUGCAAAGCUCUUUGAAUUGGAAAGAUGUAGACUUCAGUCGACAAGAUCAAAACUCCGCUCAGAGCAGAUUGGCAGUGGGGACAGAUCAGAGCGCAUCCGAACAUAUAACUUUCCCCAAGGAAGGGUUACUGAUCACAGAGUUGGGAUUACCAGUUAUUCGAUAGAUGAUGUGAUGCAAGGAGAGGGUUUGGACUGUUUUAUUGAUGCUCUCCUUUUGCAGCAGGAAAUUGAUGCUGUUGCAUCAUUCAGUUCCUCCCUCACAUAAUACAUGUUGUAGCUAACUUUCUUUAAUUCGGGUCUAUGAUCAGCGCAAAGUAAUUUUACACUUAUCAGGUAUAGUUUGAGUAACUGUAUUUUUAACUAGGUAUUGCUGAACUGUACUCUAACCAUAAGCUGCUUUAUGAAGGGAGAAAUGUUUUAAAAAAAGCUUCUCAGGAGGGGUGUACUCCUAAAAAUGGAAUAAUGUAAAGGUACUCCUAAAGUCCUAAUUAAAGAAAUCAACCAUGCAUUACUCUUUUUUUUUUAUGGAUCUGGGGGCUGUAGUAAUCAGGGCUGAAAUUCACUCCAUUGAGUUUCAAACCCUUUUGUGCCUAGCGGGUUUCGAACUCGAGAACUCCCGCGGUAACCUUGGAACCAGCUGGGCUGAAAUGCUUGGUUACAAUGCAUUACUCAUAUUUAGAACAAUUUUCCUUGUUUAAACUUCAUAAAAAUCUGUAUUAUUGGUAUCACCGAUUUCACCAUUCAAAACAAUUUUGCUGCAAAAUUAUCCUUCGGAUACUUGUUGGUUGUCAGGAUUUUAUUAUGAUGGUAACUAAAAUAAAUCGAAAAUGUUUUUUAAUCAGUAAGCAAUUAAUAUUUUCCGUGCACCAAUUAAUACAUACAUGAAUACAUGAUGAGUUACUUUUCUCGUUUUUUCUUUUAAUUAUGAAAUAUGAAUCAAUUCAUUACUUUUCAUUUCCUUAAUUCCCAAUGGUCAUUGAUCAUCUAGUGAAACUGAGAGCAAAAGGCACGCCGGUGGUGUGCAACCAGGUGUGUCCAUCAAGCCAUGGUCCAGCAGUGAAUUGGCCGGCAGUCUUGCGAUCAAUCACCUGCCACUUCUUGAAGGCUCUGUUCCUCCUCCUGGUAUCUGCCCCUGGUCCGAAGUUACCGUGCUCCUUGUAGAUGCAUGUGUUCUCAAACUUCUCCCCGUCCCAAAGCUUCCACCCGUCUGGGCUCACGACAUCGCCCACUUCACUCUCCAUGACCACUGUUGUCGAGAAUGCCUUCCAUGGCCUUCCGAGAUAGGUCUUCAACUGGAAUCGAGCUGGGAAGAGUGCAGCCUCCGCAACGAUCCUGCAGUUCUGGAGCACCAAUCCUCCCUUGGCCUUUGCCAGCUCUUUCCCGUCUGCGGUGAUGGUGUUGAACUGGUUCGCGAGUGGCUUCCUUGCGAUGAUGACACUGUUCUGGAUGAGGGCAGUGCCCUUACCAAAGAUGAAGUCGAUGGUGCCUGAGAUGACGCAGUUACGGUAAAACUGGCGGUAGGUGUGGUAGUACAGUGUGUCUUGGUAACCUUCUAUGGAGCAGUCGAAGAGGGCAGACAUAUCAGACUGGCUCCUGUAAGCCACUGCUUGAUGUCCUUCUGCGCCUGCGGUGUUGCGGAUGGUGAUCCCACGCGCCACGAACCCGCUCCCGAGGGCAGUAAAAGUAGCAGUCUUCGAGGUGGUGAUCUUGUCGAAUGCGAAAUUCUUCUUCCCGGUGAUGAUGGUCUUUCCCGCACCAUCUCCGUACAUGAAGACAUUGUUCAUCUUCUUGUCGACCAACACUGUUUCAUCGUACACUCCAGCUUUGACAUAUAUGAUGUACUUGCCUUGAUGUUUGGGUGGGUAUGCGCUUAGAGCAGCCGAAACAGUCUUAUACUUUCCGCUUCCGUCCUUGGCCACCACAGCGUGAGGUGUCACCUGUCCUGCCUUUUGUGCCGCCAAAAGCUUCCUGUAUGCUGAAGGGAACCAUGCAGGAUAAUCACCGUGUUCCUCUCCUUCCAGAAGGCGGCGGGAGGCAGCGGAGGUGGUGAGUAAGUUGGUCGUGGCACCUGUGAUGUUGAACGCCUCCAUCACCUUAGACAUCUCAGCAAUGAUGUUGAUAGCGUUAUUAGUGAGUUGGGUGGCGUUGACCAUCCCUUCCUCGAUGGCAGAUUUGUAUUCGGGCUUCUCCAGUUGCUCCGUGCAGGUUGUCUGGUAGGCGUAAACCGCAGACAACCAGUUGAGCAGCUCAUCAACGCGGUCAUUGAGGGUGUGGAGCUCGCUAUCACCGACUGCUGAGAAGGAUGCCUGGAGAUCUGCAAUGGCAUCCUGGAGCAUGUCUUUGCAGUCCUCCACGGCCACAUGGUCGUAAGGGUCCGCGGCCUGGUCGACCUUUGUGUUCAGGGCGACCUGGUGGGACUUGGAGGCCUCGUCGAUGGUGGCCUUGAGGAUUGCGAGGAUGAAGUCCUUCGUGGUGGCCGAUUGGUUGUUGGCAACAGGGGAGAGGCUCUUGGCGCAUGCGUCUUUGAAUUCGGCGUACUGGCAGAAUGUGGUGACAGACUUCAUAGAGCCUGUGGAAAUGCUGCCAUGGUCUUCUUGGGAUGAUCCGUCACCGCUCUUGCGGAACACGAACACUGCCCCGCACACAAUGCCCACCACUAAGACGAGGGACACUAAGGGAAGCACUAUUUUAUUCGCAGCUGCCAUCUUUCUCCUUAAGCUACGUUAUUUUCUUCUUUUAUUGUUACAGUACAGCAUCGAAGAAGGGAGAAGAAAGAUGGCGGUGUGGAUAUGAGAUGUGAUGAUCAUGGGGGAUUUUAUACAUGAAAACAGCAAAUGAUCAGAGGCUCUGCUUGGUAAACGGAGCAACGUGAAACAAUGUAGGGUGUGUGGCUGGGUGUGCCUCCAUUUGCAUGGAUGCCCGACUUUUUAGAUCCUAGCAAAUGUUGAACAUAUUUUUGGUCUUAAAAGAAAUUGCACUGCACCAAAGUUCAACAAUAUUAGUAUGAUGGGUUUUUAUGAUC